AAUGGUCAGAGGAGAAUCUCAGUAGGAAAAUGGCCCAAAGGGAAAGAGACAGAGGAGAGAGUGUGAAUGAGCAAAGGCCUAGUUAUUGUAUAGGCUGAUAAUGAAGAACUGAUUAUAUGUGAGUCCAGAGUCCAUAGUGUUUUGUGCCCAGCACAAAUAUCCAAUUCCUGUUUCCUCAGCUCAAGGAGCCUCUUGACUCAGAAGGGCUCAGCAGGCAGGACAACACCCAUUGCCAUGAUGUCAGACAUCUCUUUUUCUUAAUUUCCGUAUUUCCAGGAAAUGGGCAGUCUCUAGUUCAGACAACUUUCGUUUCCCCCCAUUUCUCUUCUUUCUUAGUCUGUCUUUUGUUGCUCACACACACACACCUCACACCCAUGCUACAUCACCACUGAAAGGAAAGCUCAGCUCUGUGAGGAGGAGGCAGAAGCCUGUGCAUUUUCUUCCAGCCCUAGUGCUUGGAUUGAUCAGGUCAGGGGUUGCUGGCAUUUUUUGGGGGGAGGCUACCUCUUCUGUCCUGGCCUCAAAAAUCCCUUUCUCAGGCAGUCUGCUUUGUUUCUCAGUUUGCGUAAGGCUUUAACUUUGACUCCUGCUGAGUCAGGGGAGAAGUAAAUGUGUGAAGACUGCUCUUCAUUUCCCACAAAACAGUAGGUUUAGCUCUUAGUAGACAAGCCCUUCUCAGGUGGAUGGUUGUUCUUUCACACUUUGCCAACUUUGGGAGUGAGGGCUGUUCUUAAGGGGUAGUGGGUGAGAAAGGAAAGCUGCCCUUAAUCAGGAAAUCUGAAGGAAAGAACAAACCAGUCUCCUUCCCAUAGAGUCAAGUCGGGGUCAUUACUCAGUUGAAACUUGGAUCACUAGGAAGGAAACAAGGAUGCAUAAGUCUGAGUGCUGCCCCAUUUCUCCUGUCAGAGACUAAAGUCAUUUAAACUCUCAGGAAACUCCUACAGAAGUGUUGCUGUGACAGUGUCUUAUUAUCCUACCCAAUAAAUGGCAGAGAAAGAAGCUCCUACAAACCUGACCUGGAAGAGCACAAUGGAGAUCCCAGCCCUUGGUCGUCCCUUACAUCUGGGAACACUAUAUGAUUGUCGCUCAGAUACCCUCAUCCCUGGUGUCACUUUAUGGGACAAGGAGACUCUAGGGAGAAAUGUGACCACAGAAGAUCAAUGCAAGACUGAGUUUGACAUCAUCACCUCUGACUCCAUGGAGGAAAAGACCAAUGCCAUGAACAUCACUGGAGAGCUGAAAGCAAGUGUCCUUGGGGACCUGAUUGAAAUAGGAGGCUCUGGCAAAUAUUUAUGUGAUACCAAGACCUCCCAACAGCAAGCCCGGGUCACUCUCAAGUACAUUACAACUACCCAGUAUUCCCACCUAACAAUGAGCCACCUGGGAGAUGAGAACAUUUCCUACCAGGGUGUGUUUGAUAAUGGAACUGCCACCCAUGUGGUCACUGCAGUGCUCUAUGGGGCCCAGGCUUUCUUUGUGUUUGAUCAAAAAGUUUCCUCCAAUAAAAAUGUCAAGGAAUCCGAAGGAAUGUUGAAAGCUGCUAUAACGAAGAUUCCCCUAGUAUCAGUACAAAUUGGGGCAGAGAUCAAAAUGGAAGAGAGAGACAUAAGAUCAACUAAAGGGUUCAGCUGUAAAUUUUAUGGGGAUUUUGUUCUUGAGACCAACCCAGUGACUUAUGAAGAUGCAGUACAAGUCUAUGCCUCCCUUCCUAAGCUGCUUAAGGGCCGUGGGGUGCCCCUCCAAGUCUGGUUGUACCCUCUGGAGAAGCUGAGCUCCAAGGCUGCCAAGCUGGUUCGAGGAAUCAGCAUGAACUUGGUAUGGGAAGCCCAGGACACUCUGGAGAAAUUAUGUGAGUGUGACAUGAGGUGCAAUGACAUGCUGGAGGCACCAGAUCUCUCAGUCUUUUCUGCAACCAAGGAAAAGAUCAGGCUUUUCCAGGAGUUAAAUAGGCAGCACAGACAGCUUUUACAGAAGAAAAUAGCGAAGGUACUACCCUUGAUCCGGGCGGGCAGAGCAGAGGUAGAUGAGCUAACCAGAAUUUUAUUUAAGGAAAGCCAGUCCCCAUACAGCACCAGGAGACUCUCAGAAUUUCUAGGUGAGAAGCUCUUUGAGAUGAAGGUGAUAAAGUCCUACCUCACCCUUCUGAAGGAGCUGCAGGUCAUAGCUGACCAGAAUGAAUUGGACAGUGUAAUAUUAGGCUCUCCCCACAGAUUUGUCCUGGUGUUUGCAUUCACCUCUUUGCAGGAGGAAUCCUACUUAGCAGAUUGGAAACAGUGGCUUCGGGAUCCAGCAUCAUUCACUUCUGAUUGUGAGCAAAAGCCAUAUUCCUCUUGGGUCAAGGACAAAGAGACAAGGAGAAAAGCCUUACAAUUGGCAGAAUCCUUUUCAGCAUUUGCCAGGGCCAAUCAUUCCAUGGAGAAGACUCAGUUCAUUGUGGCAUCUGUCCCAGACCAGGAGAAGCAAAAGCAGGGGGUCUCCAUUUAUCUCUAUGAAAAGGGACUGCAGGUCAGCUCCAACUUUGAGCUUCCAGUCAAACCUCCUCCUCCCCAGAUAGCUAAGAUCACAGAAGACAGUGUUGAGCUCAUACUAACCCCAUCAUGUGAGAGCAAGGAGAUCACUGGCUAUCAAGUAGAGUACCAGGUUCUAGGGGAAGAGGAUUGGAUUGUCAUCCCUGUUUCUGGAAAGCCAGAGGUCCUCAAAGUGAAUGGCCUUGAGCCUUGCACAGAUUAUGUGUUUAGAUGUGCUGAGGUUUGUGAGCUGGGACUCAGUGAGAGCAGUGAUGUGAGCAUUGCUGUGGAGACACUUCCCUCACCCUGCCAUCCUGGGAAGCCAAAGGUUUUCAUUGCAGGAGCAGAUUAUGUAAUCCUAGUCUGGCCGUGGGCAGAUUUUUGUGGAGUACAUGACAAGAUCAAGGAAUAUAAAAUAGAGUAUAAAGAGGAAGCUGAGGCUGCAGAUGAAGAGAGGAAAGGAAAAUGGUAUGAACACAGAACAGGAUGUGAUGUGAAUUGUUGGGGCAUUGUUGGAUUGACUCCUGGGACUGUGUACAGGUUUCGAGUUUCUGCUGUGUAUGAUGGCGGCUGGACUGGUCACAGAAGUGACAAGAGUGACCCAGUGAGGACACCCUUUGCUAAAGAUGAAGGUUUUAUAUUUGGUGAUGUUCUCCAUCUGAUAUUCACUUUAUUAUACCAUCCAUUUAGAUCACAGCAGAGGAGGGAGACUUAAAGGACCCAGAACUUUAUUUUAUUCUUAACCAUCAUUUUUCUAAUCAGAUCCUAACCAAGUGUUCGAGGAGGAAGAAAGAAAUAAAAUUAAAAACCCCGAGAAUUUAAAGGAACGGAGAGAUGAAAGACAGUUUAUGCCUAUUUGGAGUUUUUAAAAUAAUGAUGAUUAAAAGUCUUGAUGCCUCAGGCCUUAAGCCAAGGCCAGGGUUCAAGACUAGUUCCAGAAGAGAAAGUCUCCUUGCCCUUUUAGAGUGAACCCAACUCAGCCCGUGUUCCUCCCCUCAUACUAGAAUCAUCUGUGUAGUGCAGGGAUGGGGGGGGGGGGGGGGCUGAGCCUGGAAUCAGGACUAUUUGAGUUUAAAUUCACCCUUAGACAAUCCUUAGCUAUGUGACCCCAGACAAAUCAUUCUCUAUUGUCAGUUUCCUCAACUGUCAAAUGGGGAUAAUAACAACAUCUACUCCCAAAGAUAUUGUGAGGUCCAAAUGAGUAAUAUUUUGUUUAAAAUUUCUUAUUAUUUC